AUUGUUCGAAAGUUCCACGGUCACACUGAGGCUAAAUAAAACUUAUUUGGUGUCAGAAUUUGGUCAUUUGAAAGUCUCUGCGUUAAAGUAGCUCCUUUGUUAUUCGCAACAUGUUGGCCAAGUCAAUUCUGUCGAUCGCGGCUUGUGCCCUGCUGAUGUCCGCCGCUGCCCACGCGGCCCAGGACGAGGACCCCUCUGCCGGCAAGCAGGCUGAGAAACAGUUCGCCGUGGAGCUGGACCCCGACACCUUUGAUGUCGCUAUUGCCGGCGGCAAUGUCUUCGUCAAGUUUUUUGCACCCUGGUGCGGUCACUGCAAGCGCCUGCAGCCCCUGUGGGAGCAGCUGGCGGAGAUCAUGAACGUGGACGAACCAAAGGUGAUUAUCGCCAAGGUAGACUGCACCAAACACCAGACCCUGUGCGGCGCCCACCAGGUUACCGGCUAUCCCACACUGCGUCUCUUCAAGCUGGGCGAGGAGGAGUCUGUGAAAUUCAAGGGAACCCGCGACUUGCCCGCCAUCACCGACUUCCUUAACCAGGAGCUGAGCACACUGGCCGAGGCGGAUUUGAGCGUGGCAACCAAGCGUGAGGAGGUGGGCGAGAAUGCCAAUCUUGGCAAGGUGGUGGAUCUCAACGAGGAGACCUUUGCCAAGCAUGUGUCCAGCGGCAAUCACUUCGUCAAGUUCUUUGCUCCCUGGUGCAGUCAUUGUCAGCGCUUGGCUCCCACCUGGGAAACUCUGGCCAAGGAGCUGGUGCCGGAGCCCGCCGUUACCAUCUCGAAGAUCGACUGCACCCAGUUCCGUUCCAUUUGCCAGGACUUUGAGGUGAAGGGCUAUCCCACGCUGCUCUGGAUCGAGGAUGGCAAGAAGAUUGAGAAGUACUCUGGCUCCCGAGACCUGGACACGCUGAAGACCUAUGUAGAGAAGAUGGUGGGUGUGCCCCUGAAGAAGAGCGACGAGGACAAGACCGCUGGCGAUGAAGCUGCCAAGAAGGAGGAUGCUGAUGCCGAGGAGGAGGUAGCCAAGAAGCUUACAGCCCAGCAGCUGACCGGCGAGGCGGAAUUCGACGAGUCCAUCGCCGAUGGCGUGGCCUUCAUCAAGUUCUAUGCUCCAUGGUGCGGACACUGCCAGAAGCUGCAGCCCACCUGGGAGCAGCUGGCCACGGAGACGCACCAGGCCCACCAGAGUGGCGUGAAGAUCGCCAAGGUGGACUGCACGGCGCCGGAGAACAAGCAGAUUUGCAUUGACCAGCAGGUGGAGGGCUAUCCCACGCUGUUCCUUUACAAGAAUGGCCAGCGGCAGAGCGAGUACGAGGGCAGUCGCCGGCUCCCGGAGCUGCAGGCCUACCUCAAGAAGUUCCUUGGCCACGACGAGCUCUAAGAAGGAUCAGAAGCAGGAGCAGUCGAAUGAACAAAAUCGCCCGCCAAACUAAACUAAUCGUAAACAUAAUGUUUCUCUCCGCAUUCAGUCAAACCAGCAGCAAGAAGCCUCUGUGAGGAGCCCGCAUUUACACAGUAUCCCACAUCCGACAUCGAAAAGACAACAAAGCAUGCAACUAGCGGGAAUAGAAGUCAUCCAAUUUGUUGUGAUCUUAGUUCCCAAUCCCCCCGCUCUGUGUUCAAGCCCACGUCCUUUUAUCGGCUCUCUGGAGCUGAGGCUUGGUUCGUUUCCCAUUUUCAUGUUUUAUGUUUUAGAAUUUAUUUCAAUGGGACGCAAGAAGGCCAUUUAGCAAGCUUUUAUUUCUAUUUUUAAUAUAUUUUCUUUUUUUUUUGUCAGCAGGCUACCUUUAAGUCUUUCUUAGGAGAAAUUGUCAAACACAAAACAAAUAAAAAUUAAUUGAAAAAGG